AUGAGUUCAUCCUUCACCCCCGAAAUCGACCUCGAUGAUAUCUUAGAUUUUGAUCUUCAAGCUGGAGAAGCAGCUUUAUCUGAGCUUGGAGAAGGGUUUCUCGUCUCGCUCAACGAGACCAUUGAGGAAGAAGAUCAGGUUCUUGGUUUCCAGGAUGAUGAGCACGACAUUGUCUUUGAAUUUGAUAAUCAGAUUCAAGAAGCAGCUCCAUCUCAGCAUGUUGAAGUUUUUCGAGUCUCGCUCAAUGAGACCAUUGAAGAAGAGCUUAUGAUUUGGGAGGAUGACGAGCAUGACGUCGUCUUUCACUUUGCUCAGCAGACUGAAGAGGCAGCUCCGUCCCAGUUUGGAGAGAUUUAUCGAAUCUCUCCCGAUGAGACCAUGGAGGAAGCUGUUCUUGGUUUAGAGUAUGACCAAGAUCUUCUCUUCGCCGCCUAUGAAGAAGCAGCUCCAUUUGAGCAGCUUGAAGAAGUUGUUCCAGUCGACGAGUUUGCACUAGACUUAGUGGGUGAGCACAAUGUUAGCUUCGACUUUGAUCAUCAAACUGCAGAAGUGGCUCGAUCUCCACAACUUGGACAACGUUUUCUCAUCUCGUUCGGUGAGACCAUUGAAGAAGACGCUAUAGGUUUUGAGAAUGGGCAUGGGGAUACCUUUGUCGGUGGAGAAGUAGCUCCAACUCAGCUUGGACGAGUUGCAUUACUCGUUUGGGACAACGAUGCUGAAUUUAUCUCUGAACAUCAAAUUGAAGAAGGGGCUCGUUCCAGGUCUGAGGAAGCUUUUCAGGUCUGGGUCAAUGAGGACAAUACUGCCAGGUCACCUGCAAAUGAGACAAAUACUGCCAGGUUACGUGCAAAUGAGACCAAUACUGCCAGGUUACCUGCAAGCAAGCUCGCUGUCGAGUCUUUGCCAAGAACAAUAUGCAAGAAGACUAGAGAUGUGGGUACUGGGACUGACAUGUGCCCUAUUUGUUUGGAGGAGUUUAACGACGGAGGAAGUAUUGUGGUCACUUUACCGUGUGGACACGAGUUUGACGAGGAGUGUCUUGUAAAGUGGUUUCUGAGAAGUCAUGUCUGUCCAUUGUGUCGUUACGAGAUGCCAUAUGAAAGGUGAAGGAGACUGAAAACUUGAAAGCUUGGCGCCGUUUCGUUAAGUGCAAAAUAUAUCGUCGUUUACUUUUUUUUUUAUAAAUCUUUUUCUAUGUGGUUGUAUGCUUUCGAUUCAGUUUAUUAUUAGUA